AUAAAGCAAGAAUUAAUUAAUUAAUUCCACCUAUAAUAAACUACUCCAAAACUCCCCGGUCGUCUCCUUUCUCUUUCAUUUUCUUCAACAGUUCCUCUUUUCCGUCUCUGCUCAAUUGCGUCCAUCUUAUCUCUCUGAGAUAUUGAAUGUACAAGCCUCUACACGGAUUUCCUGUGUUGUGAAUCAGAGGCUUUGAGGUGUGAUUGUUGGAUACAAUGCGAUUGUUCUCAUCAAGUUCAAGCUUCAGCCUCACGAAAGCGCAGAGUAGUGGAGGGAACAAUCGUGUGGCGUUGUAUCUCAAUGUGUAUGACCUUACACCAGUAAAUAACUACCUUUACUGGUUCGGGCUUGGGAUAUUCCAUUCUGGUAUUGAAGCUCAUGGAUCGGAAUAUGGCUUUGGCGCCCAUGAGUUCUCUACCAGUGGAAUUUUUGAGGUGGAACCAAGAAGUUGUCCUGGCUUUAUUUUCAGGCGGUCAGUGUUGCUGGGCAGCACAAGCAUGUCUCGUUCAGAAUUUCGAUCCUUCAUGGAACAGAUCUCUGGGAAAUAUCAUGGGGAUACGUAUCAUUUGAUUGCCAAGAAUUGCAACCAUUUUACUGAGGAAGUCUGCUUUCAGUUAACUGGGAAGCAUAUUCCAGGAUGGGUAAAUCGCCUGGCUCGAUUAGGUUCUUUCUGUAAUUGUCUGCUGCCGGAGAGCAUUCAGAUAAAUGCAGUUAGACAUCUUCCUGAUCAUCCAUCAUAUUCUGAUGAAGAUGGAAGACUAGAGUCAGUUGGGUCAUCUUUAACGGAUGGGAGCGAAGAUGAGGAGGCAGAUCAUCAUCUGCUGACUUCGCCAAAUAGUGAUCUUGCUUUUCGGAAGGAUAAACCAGGAACCCACCUUCGCAGUUUAAUCUGAGCUUGUCAGUAACUCAUUUCUAUUGGCUGCAUAUGCAUUUGUUCUAACUCAUAAUUAUGUUUAGCAUUCAGCUUAUUUCAACCAUUGAAAGAUUCAAUUUGUUGCCGUGUAACCCCUGUAAGUCCAGAGAUGUCGACAAAUUCAUAUUAAACUGGGAACAUAUUUCUUGUGUUUUUUAUUUUGUAUCAGUAUAUGAAUCUUGUAGAAUCCUUUUUCA